CAUCCUACUUUUACACCGUUACAACAGCAUUUCAGAAAAAGACAGAGGAAAUGUGAAUUGUAACUAUUGGUAAUGUUGAUGGCUAUUGUGUUAAGAGUUUGAGAGGGCCUGUAGUACAAACUGUAUACGUACUCGGUCGCAUUUGUGCAUGCUUAUGACAGUGUAGCUAAAAUGGUUACAUAUAGUUUUGGACAAGAAUGCCAAAAUACCUUCCACGUAGGACUAUAAAAGACACACGCGUUUGCAAGUGUAUGCUAUAACUGUCGUGUUCGUGGAAAUGAAGCUGUUGUUAUGGAAACAGAAGGCAGUCCUGAGAAAGAGGAGUCAGCCUGUGCAAACCUAGGAGACGGGGAUGCACAAGCUAACGAGCAAAGCGUCCGAGACAACAGCUCUCAGUGCCAAACCUCCGUCAGCAACGGAAAAGAAGCGGUGGAUUUGAAAAUUAUUUGGAACAAGAAUAAGUAUGAUUUGAGAAUCCCUCUCGAUGGCACAGGAGCCAGUUUAAAAGAGAGGAUCCACUCGCUGACAGGUCUUCCACCCUCUAUGCAAAAAGUGAUGUACAAGGGUCUCCUGCCUGAGGACAAAACCCUACGCGAAAUUAAAGUAACCAACGGGGCAAAAAUAAUGGUCGUAGGAUCAACGAUUAAUGACGUUUUAGCGGUUAACACGCCUAAAGAAGUCAUUCAACAAGAAGUGAAAGCAGAGGAAAACAAAAAGGAACCUCUAUGCCAGCAAAAGCAACACAGAAAAGUGUUAGACAAAGGAAAACCGGAAGACAUAAUGCCCUCUGUAAAAGGAACAAAGGAACGCUUGCCAACAGUGCCUUUAUCUGGAAUGUACAACAAAUCAGGUGGGAAAGUGAGGUUAACGUUUAAACUGGAGCAGGAUCAACUCUGGAUCGGAACCAAGGAGAGAACAGAGAAGCUCCCAAUGGGCUCGAUCAAAAAUGUUGUAACUGAACCUAUUGAAGGACAUGAUGACUAUUACAUGAUGGCAUUUCAGCUUGGUCCAACAGAAGCAUCUUACUAUUGGAUUUACUGGGUUCCUGUGCAGUAUGUUGAUGCAAUCAAAGAUACAGUCCUUGGAAAGUGGCAGUACUUUUGAGUCUGCCUCGUGGAGAACUGAGAUUUUAAAAACCAAAGGACAUUAAGGAGACAACCAACUGAGUCUGGCCAUCCUGAAGAACUCUGACCAUGAAAAAAAUAGUAAAAGAAAAAAAAACAGAAAAAUUAAAAAAGAAAAAUAU